GAUUGAAUUCUCGGAAAACACAUGAGGUCACUUGAAAGGGAAAAUUCCCAUCUAGCAUCUUGUCUUACACUUGGUGCCUCGUAUCUUACACGAACACAUUCACUUGUGUUGGAAUAAGAAUAAGCUCGUCUUUGCGUAAAUCUUCAAAAUGGGGAGUGGUUCUAGUCAAGAGACUCACUACACGUAUGUGGAUAACUCAGAAACAGAAAGGCGUGAAGCAGAGGAGAAAGAGAAAAGACGGCUGGAGAAUGAACGAAAACAACGUGAGCACGAGGAAAAAAUGCGUAUAAAGAAAGAGAAGGAAGAAGAAGAGAGGAGACGAAGGGAGCAACUCAAGGAACAGCGGCAGAAAGAAAUAGAAGAAAAAGAAGCCAGAAGACGAGCAGAAGAACAGAAACUUUUGGAACUGGAGGCCGAACUUUGCCGACGCCGAGAUCAGUUGUUCAAUUACAAGUUUGGAGACAAGACCAGGCUUGACAAUUUUAUGGGGCUAAACAUUGAUGAUGUAACCCAGCUCAGGAUCGGUGUGUUUGGCCCCACGGGAUCAGGGAAGAGUUGCUUCAUCAACACGUGUGAACGGGCGGUAAGGCAAACAGAAAAAGGAUCCGCCCCGGACAGCACAACAGGACAAGAGGGAACCAUCACACUCCAGGACUACCUGCCAGAGAUGUUCUUCCGCUUGGUAGACACCAGGGGCUUCUUCAACUACAACUCCAACGAGAACAUCGAGUUUCAGAAUAUCCUGUUCGGGAAAAUUCAGCCCGGAGAUAACAUCGUUCGCCCUGACAAUGACGAAGACAACACACAGGAGUUGCAUCAAUGUCCAGCAUUUGAAAAAAAACUGCAUGGAAUCAUUAUUGUCGUGAUGGCUAACGACCCAAGACUCACUGAAGGUGCCUUGAGGGAUUACCUGAAACCAGUUCGAGAUGUCCUAAGAAAAAACGGAAUCGCCCCAAUAACUGUUAUAACUCAUAGGGACAAACUGAAAAAUGAAGACGAUGAGAAGGACGCUUUUGACGAGGCAUCAGCUGCUACCGGUAGCUCUCCUAGCCACACUUUCUUCAUGUGGAACUACACCAAAGAAAACAAGGAACGUAACCCUGAGAUAGAGCAGAUGACAUUUGACAUCUUGCACUAUGCUUUGAUGACCGCCGAACGGGCUGUCAAGAUCAUGAAGCAAAAAGAGAAAAACAAAAGAGAGGAUGAGAUGAUGAAAGCCCUCGAGGGAGUUACUAUCAGUGGACAAGUGGCACCUGAUUCCGUUGAUGCUUCGGUGGAAGUGUUUUUGCGUUUCCUCCAGAAGGAAUAUCAGUGGUCGACAAACAGUAUCAUGACGGCUUCGAGCAAGUUAGCCAAAGAUGACAUAACAAGUGUAAAGUUAUUAGCCAUGAGCUGGAGUGAAGUUCGUCACCAUUUUCCAGCUGGUAUGAGUAGAAUGAUCGAGAAGGAGCUCAGGAAACGAGGCAUGAUCUCAUGAACAAUUGGGUGGCAUCUGGGCACGGACUCAACGCACAGGAAACCGUAGUUUCUUGAGCAAAUUUGACCAAUUUUUUUUUCUAACGUUUAAGGGGCAAUAAAUAGACUAAUGCUGGGCACACAGUUGUUUUUAAAAGACAACAUUUCAUUUCUGAUGUUUAGGAUAAUUA